GGUGCAGGAUCUGCGGCCUGUUGGCAGAAUGCAGUUGGUGGGGAUGAGCCUCCUAUACACCAAGUGGGCAUGAGCACCUCUAAGAAGGUCAUCCCCCAGGGCGCAGGGGGCAGAGCUGCAGGUCUGAGAGAAGUGGACAAUGUGGAGACACCAGGGGACCUCGGUAGCAGAACCCUAUCCUCUGAAAGCUGUGAUGCUAAGAAACUCAAAACUCCAGAGAAAAGGCUCAGGGCAAGGUUGGCCUUAGCUCAUAAGACCUUUGCAAAUUUUUUUGAGUCAAAAGUUUUAGAAAAAGAGAACACUGAUGAAUGCUCUCCAGGUUCUUUCAAGGGCCAGAAGGAGAAGAGCAGGCCACGGCAGAGCUCCUGGCGUGCAUUUCUGAAAAGCAAAGAUGCAGAAGGCCCCAAAAGGCCCACCUUAGUAAGUCUGGUUCCGGGACAGAAAAUCUUGAAUCCCCUCAGACCUUCUCCACCAAGGAACAACAGUCACUCUGAGGAGCAGGUAGAAGACAAGGAAAGCUGUGUUUUUGGAGAUCCCUGGUCACCUCCACAUUCUCCCACAUCAAUGUCACCCAGCAAUUUGGUUUCUCUAGAUAACAGGAGAAAAAGUGAGCCAACCAUCAAAUGCACCAGCCCCCAGGAAAGUAGUAGGUACCUAAGUACAGGUAUCUUUCCUGAAAAGUCCUGGUUGAUGUCACCCACCAGCCCUCAUGCCCAGCAGGCUGGGAUCAGCUGCACUCUUCCUUCCAGUUCUGCCUGUUGCCUGGCAUAUGGAAGCCAAGGCAUGCCUUACAAACCCAUGAGUCCCAAGCCCCAGAGCCCUAGGCCUGGUGUUCAUUGGGCAGAUUUCCACUACCCUGGCAGGAACAGUGCCAUCUCCAUGGUUUCUCUUGGAAGCUACAUUGAUGUGGAUAACAGUCCAGAGGCUUCUGAAAGGUCCAAGACCCCCAAGGCCCAGGCAAGCCUCCUACUUUCUCUGCAGACACAAAACCAGGAUGACCAGAAGGAAGAGAGUGGGAAAAGAGGCUGGCAUCACCAUGGUCUGAGCAUAGCACCCUCACUCAGAGACCUUCCUCGAAGUGAGUGUUGGAGGAAGAUGACCAUUACCUCUGCAGAGUCUUUGAGUCUUGAUAGAAGAACACAACCAUUCUCCCAGAGUGUCCCAACAGGAUUGAACUGCAUGGGCUGGCCAGAGUACAUACCUGACACUGAGCCAGCAGAGCCAGAUACAACUCUUCCAGUCGCCAGCACAGCAGAUGCACAUAGCAUCGCAUGAAGCCCUCUGCCCCUCCAGAGCCCACCGUGGCCUCGAGGUGUCCCCUUC